GUGGCUGCAAUCAUCUUCCACAUCAUCAAUGGCAACGCCAAGUACGAAGCAAAUUACCAACCGUCCUGCCAGCCGCGCCGCUGGAUAGCGGGCCGAUGUUGCUCGAGAUGAGCAACGCCGCCUGGGUGGAUCGACAAUGUCCGCCAUCCUCCAACGCCCUUCAGAUCUUACCAUUUCAAACCACCUCUUCGAAAUCCCCAUCGCUCGGGCAGACGAUGUCAUCAUAGGCUCGUGUUACGGCGGCCGUGCCUGCACUCAACAUCCUCGCGGUCCAUACGGCUACCCCGUCCGUGCGCCCCUCAGCAACUUCUCCCCCCUCACCCUCCCCGCUGGGUGCCUCAGCUUUCACCCUCAGAGCACUGCGGGCUUGCUCAGCGUUACGGCUUGCGGUGGAGCCGACUGCAAGGGAGAAUGUCAGAAGAUGACGCCCGAUGGCGAGAAGGAGGACGACGUGUGCUUCACGCCCGAGAGGAGGGACGCCAGUGUUGACCUCGCUGCCCAGCCCUCACAUCGCCGCCGGCGCAAUGCGUGCCCGUACCCAACGUGGCCCGUAGUCCGAGGGAAUGUGGGCCUAGGACAAGAACCUUUACAUUUUCCCCUCGGCCAUCGCAAAUAUUAUGCCGAGUCUACUCUUGCUCCGAUGGGUAAUGCCCGCGUGCGAAAGCUGACGGGCUGCGCGAGUGCUCGCAUUCAAAGGCGCCGACAUAUUAUCCCCUUGCCGUGAGAGGGUCGCGGGCGCAAGCACGAGCGAGCAAGGUAGACGUCGCUGCUUGAGACGGCCACAUCGUGGCAGCAGAUGCUCCCCCAUCUUUGGUCUCAGUGGCCAGCUACAGUACCUCCUACGCCUUACUCGCUCAAAAGCACUGACGACAUGACCAAGCUCUCACCUACUCUCGCCGCACUCGCUGCCUUUCUCGCCAUGGCAGCUCUCACUACCGUGGUCUCCGCUGACAAGGUCAAGCUAGGCUGGUGCUACACAAC